UGAACGAUGUUAUUUGCCAAGUAAAGCACUGUGUAAAGGCGUUGCCGACAACAACAUGGCUCAUGGCUCAUCUCUUCCGCUCUGCUCCAGCUUUUCACUGGUUCUUCACCGGAGUCUGGUUGGAAGGCCAACGGCGCUGGAAGAGCCAUCUCUCGGCCGCCAUCUUGUCUGUCCGUCCCCCGUCCCACCCCGGCGGCCCCGCCUCGCCCGUGACGCCAUCAAGCCGCCCGCGACGCCAUCGCUCGGCGCGCGGCCCUGCCCCGCCCCGGCCGCCGCCAUGGAGUCGAACAGGGACGAGGCGGAGCGGUGCAUCGGUAUCGCGCUGGCCGCCGCCAAGGCCAACCAGCCCGACAAGGCCCGCCGCUUCCUGGAGAAGGCGCAGCGGCUCUACCCCUCGCCGCGGAUCCGUGUUCUGCUUGAAUCGCUCAACAAGAAUGAGCAAUCGGCCAAUGGGCAGUCCCAAUCCAGGGAGUCCACGAACCCCCAGUUCAAGAAAAUGAGCGGAGACUUCCCAUCGGCCAACGGAGAGGCUGGUGGGGAGGCCCCCAAGGGCUACACUCAGGACCAGGUGGAUGCAGUGAAGAGGGUAAAGCAAUGCAAAGAUUACUAUGAAAUUCUGGGAGUAAACAGAGAAGCUUCUGAUGAGGACCUGAAAAAGGCUUACCGGAAACUUGCACUGAAAUUUCACCCAGAUAAGAACCAUGCACCAGGGGCUACAGAGGCGUUUAAAGCCAUUGGUAAUGCGUACGCCGUAUUGAGCAACCCAGAGAAGAGGAAGCAAUAUGACCAGUUUGGAGACGAGAAACUCAACCCUGCUCGGCACGGACACAGUCACUCAGACUUCCACCGCGGGUUUGAGGCAGACAUCUCCCCCGAGGACCUCUUCAACAUGUUUUUUGGUGGUGGUUUUCCUUCUAGUAACGUUCACGUAUACAGCAAUGGCAGGAUGCGGUAUACCUACCAUCAGAGGCAGGACAGACGAGAACAUCAGGGUGACGGUGGCCUUGGGUUGUUUGUCCAGCUGAUGCCUAUCCUCAUCCUGAUCAUUGUGUCUGCUCUCAGCCAGAUGAUGGUCUCCAGCCCACCCUACAGUUUGAGCCAGAGGCCGUCUGUGGGGCACAUACACAGGAGAGUGACAGAGCACUUGAAAGUCACCUAUUAUGUAUCCGAGAACUUUGCAGAUGAAUACACGGGCACAAACCUGAAAAACGUGGAAAGGAGCGUGGAGGACGACUAUAUCGCAAACCUUCGAAAUAACUGCUGGAAAGAGAAGCAGCAGAAGGAAGGCUUGUUGUACCGGGCGCGCUACUUCGGAGACUCGGAUCUGUACCAGCGAGCACAGAAGAUGGGCACCCCCAGCUGUAGCAGACUGUCAGACGUUCAAGCCUCCCUGCACGGAUAGUCACCGCCUGCCCACUCAGCAGAGGUCUAAACUCUUGAAAUGCCUGAAGACUUUUGGUGAAGUGCAGUGAGCCGAGGUGACAGACUUGAUUAUUUAAAAGAAUCAAACUGUAUAUUAAAAAUGGAAUUGGGAGAAUUAGCAACGCACAACUGCCCUCUUUCUUCUCUCUGCCUGUCUGCGCCGUUGGACCGACGUCUCGGGCAGCGAUUCGGACAGGAAAUCAAGCUGCUCAUAUUCCUCCUUCCCUUCUGACGCCACUAAGGGUGUGACAGUCUCGUUGCUCCUGGGAUCUCACAGCCCUGAGAACAGAUGCGUAGAGUGUGAAAUAACACAAACUAAUUGCAAAAGCCAUGACGAAGGAGACCCUUCUCGACCGUGCAGGUCACUGCCGACGCAGAGAGAAAUUGGACGAUUUGGUGAUAACAGAAAACUUUUAAAAAAAAAGAAGAAAAGAAAAUAUAAUCUAUUUAGAAUUAAUUUAUAGCUGUAUAUAUGUUGUACUUUUAAACUAUGCAGGGGUUCGAUGAUUAAAUUAUUUUGUUUUCUGCCCGGUUUGGUAAACAGGGCAGCGGGAAGUCUCUUCCCGGGGUGUCUCGCUCUGCAGCGCUUUCCUGCCUGACACACUAAAACCAGAAUCACUUCGCAGUUACUGUACUUCACUUUCUGAGGGACGGUGGCGUUCUGCGGCUUGGGAUGUUGAUACCCGCCUUUUGGGUUUUAAUAAAAGCAAUUCCAAACCUG